AGGCUUUUCAUGAAAAAAAGACUUUGAAUAUUUGGAACGUAAAACGGGAAAAUGCGAUAGAUAUAGAAAACCUUACAACCAUGAUUUAUGAAACUCUUAUUAGUAUGGAUAAUACCGAUGAAAGCUUAGAAAAUGAUUACGGAUUUUAUUUUGAAUCAAUAACCAAUUUGAAAAUUGAGAAAGACCAGCACGAACAAUACCUUGCAAAUAGAAUUGCCAAACUUGUUGAACAAGGAGAUGGUUAUAAUUAUGCAUCUCGUGUCAAACAAUUUCACAAAAAACAAAAAUAA